AUGAUGAGCCUACAGGGCCUUCGAAGCAUUCCAAUAGCCAGCCGAACUUUAUUUGGACGGCUGGGAAGGGUUCAUAGAGGUUUCCAUCCUGACCGGCCGAUAACGUCUGGCUCCGUCAGUCGCAGUAAUGAUAUUCUUUUCAAUGCAACGACAUCAAUGAAGAACAAUAAGAGUAGAAAAAGUUACCCAAAUGCUAGUGCUACCAAUUCUCAGCUGCCGAAAAGCACCUUCCCUUUGAGAAGGAAUGUCAAGCUUGGGAACUCAGCUUCAGGUCAGCAUUUUGCGAAGAAACGUACAAUGAUCAAGUGGACAAGUGGGACGGAAAGAGCUCAGAAUGCGGCUAAUCAUAUACUUCAACAGGUUUUGAAGUACAAUGGACGAGGAAUUGUCAAAGUUGUUAUGCAAGAGUCCAAUACGCUCGAGGAGAAGGUGUUUGUUAAUUGGGCCGCAGACAUCGAUUUGGAUCAAAUGGGAUUUAUCUUGGUGAACAUCGAGCAAACCAGCUCUGGGAGCAUACCUUUGAUAAAAGUGGUGGACUCUAAAACUGCUCUGAAGAGGUACUCAGAUGAGCUUGCCGAGCGGAAGAAAGAAGAGUUGAUCAAAAUGGGAUUUUCCAGCAAACGCCUGGGCAAGAAAAACGAUAAAGACAACAGCGAUGACAAUUUGAAGCAAAUCAAGAUUUCCUGGCAGAUUUCUGAUUCUGAUCUCAACAAGCAGAAGGCUAAUGAGAUCACAUCACAACUGAAAAAGGGCCAUAAAGUCUAUUUGUAUCUGAAUGGCAAGGACGAACUGAGCAAAAUCAAUUGGUCUGAUGAUAUCUCUGCUAGUCAGGAAGACGAAAAGAAAUCCAAGGGACCAAAAAUUACAUCCAAGGAAUACGCAAGACGAGAAACUGUGCUGAGACGUCUUCAUGAAAUAACGAGUGAGUGGGCGCUUCAACCGGCCUUGGAUGGCAGUAUAGAGUCCAGGUUGAUUAUGAAGUUGAAUCCAAAACCUGCAUCAACGAAUAAAGACGACAAGGCGUUAAUCAAAGAAGAACGCAGGCAACUAAAGCAAGCAAGAUUGGAAACAAAACUUCUUAGAAAAAAGAAGAAAGAAUCCGAGUUAUCUUGA